AUGGCGGCUAACUUUGUCGAACUCGUGCGUCUGCGCUCGACAUCGCAGCCAGAUGUCUACGUCUCGUGCUCCAAUCCCGAGAAGAUGGGCAACCCUGCCGACAUUGCCUACGGCGGCUGUGUGCAAGCUCUAUCGGUGCAGGCGGCGUUCAAGUCGAUCGAAGCACGCAGGGAGCUGCACAACUUUGAGAUCCACUCGCUGCUCGGUGUCUACCUCGGUCCCACGCUCGCCGAUCGCAAAGUCAAGCUCACCGUCACCACAAUUCGCAACACGCGCUCGUUUGCGACCCGUCGAGUGACUUGCACUCAACUCUUCAACGACGGCUCAGAGAGGAGCACCUUCACUGCCACCAUCGACUUUACCGCCCCCAACAAGAUUGACAACGCCAAAGCAGGUGCACCCUUCACACGCUACGGCAGGAAACCGAGAAUGCAGUAUGCGCCACCGGAGCAGCUGCCGUCGAUGACGGACAUCGUCUUGCGCAAGGUGCAGGAGCGUAAGGUGAAUCGACAAGCGGCGGAUUACUUGGAGAACGUCGUGUUUGCGCUUAGCAAGAAGGUCUCGGUCAGCGUGUUCCCGCCGCAAGGGCUGCACGCACAGAAUGCGAUCGGACUCGACCCGCUCGCAGAGUCAGAGCAGCACUCGGCCAAGCUCACCGACCGCUUCUCUGUCGACUGGGUCAAGUCGCUCCAGGACCUGUCGGCACCGCCUCACUCACCAGCAGAGUCGGCCGUGCAGCCAACCGACUUCAAAGAUGUAGGCGCGCCGCUGUCGGUCUCGACUGCGUCGGCGAACGCAUCCUUCGUGGCUUUCAUGAUGGACGGUGCACUUUCGUUCAUCCCAUUGACGUUCUCGCGGAUGACGUUGACCGACGCUAGUGCCGUCUCGUCGCUCGACUGCGCUCUGCGCUUCUUCUCUGUGCCCGACAUGAACGACUUCCACCUCAGAGAGAUGCAGACCAUCCAGGGCAACGACUGCAGGACCUAUUCGGAGGCCUUCCUGUGGGACAGGAAUCAGAGCAUGGUGGCUAGCAUGACACAGGCCUGCAUCUUGCGGCCCCACCUUCACAAGCUGUAA